GUGCACUAUUGUGUGCGGCUGAAAAAAAGAAAGAGCAAAAAAGGAGGGGGAAGAAAAGAGACUCGGGCUCUUUGUGUGGAGAGGACUCAGCAGGGAAGAGAUUUGGCAAUUACUUCAGCUUGCCGGCAAGGCGAGCUCAGUUCCUCUGAUCUGUACACUAGACUGUCUCACUCUGAGCGCUGCCUUUCUGAACACACGCAAGAGAGAGCGUGUGUCUAUGGGUUGUGACUGGACGCGCUUCAAGCGCCAACAGCGACUCAGGAUUUCUCUCCCUGAUGAUGAGAGCAGACGUCAGACCGGUCCAUGAAUAUUGAUGUGGAGGUAGUCUGUUUCAUAGACGAACAGAAGGAAGCAAGAUGGCUGCCCUUUAGGAUUUGUUUAAGAGGAGACGGUUUGGUGGAAUUCAACAAAGUGGAGGGACUUAAAACAAGGACGCAGAGAGGGCAGCCUAGUGAAUGGACCCAGAGCAGACCAGAUGGAAACAGAAAAGACCAGCCAUGAGACGGAAAAAAGUCUGACAUGCUCACAAAUCAGUACCACUCCGCAGACAGACACUCUGCUCGCCAAAAGGCAGAAUGGAGAUCAGUCACCUGAUAUCUUAUCCCAGCAGUUCAAUGGGGACACCAACUGGAGCCAUUUUAAGCCCAGCACAGAGGUCUUCUCAAUGAAAAGGCAAUGGGAGAUUGACAGCAGCCCUGCUAACAUGCAAGGGAUGUUUGAUCAAAGCAUGUAUGAGAUGAAUGGAGACACGAAGCAUGCUCUUGGUCAGCAACCAAAACAACUCAGCACUGAUCUAGAGAUAAAUGGAGAUGAGGACCUGGGAUUCCCCAUGCACAAGCCAGGGCAUUGUGAAUUAAAUCAUAGCAAGAGAAACUGUAACUUUCCCAAUGGGGAUAUCUUCUCACUGUCUAGGAACAAACAGGUUCCGAUGUCAAAUGGUGCUACAAAGAACCCACAUUCAGUAAAGGGUACAACUGGUGACCUCUUAGAGAAAACGUUGUCUCAGUAUUACCCAGAGCAUGUGUCCAUUGCACCUCAAACCAACUCAUCUCAAGUACAUCAGGUCACCAGCAACCCAAAUGAACAUGCAACUCCUUCACCUUCAUUUACCUCAGGUAUUCCUAGCUCACCCCAAACGUCUGCCUCCAAGCCGCUUGCCAAGGUACCCCCAGAGGUGCACUACAACCAGGAAUUUACUCAGAAUGGAUACCAUGUCAGCUUUACAGCUGACCAAAGGCAAAGGACGUCUACCUAUCCUGGGUGUGAUCUCCCAGAGAUGGGAAAACAUUCUGUGUGUCAGGCAGGUGUGGAGUCCAAUCUAAAAUCACAGACAGGCAUCAAUGGUUGUUCACCCAUCCAGAACGAUGGAGAAGGCCUUCAAAAUGACACAGAGUGUUUAAGAAAGUUCAAACAAGAUUUGAGCCAGGAAUCUUUGCCCAGACUACUGGCAGGAUCCCCCUUAGCAACUGAAAGGGAUGGUACAUUUACUUCAUUCAACAGCCCCCAGGCACAAUGCACUCAAACUGGUCAGCAGAACCUACAGUUUAAAAUGCCACUGAUUGAUGGCAGCUUCCAGGAAAACAGAGACUUGUCUUUGCCACAGCAACAGACUUUUGAGACUCAAACAGUAGACAGAGGGUUACUAUCUCAGGCCUGUACAGCAGAUCCUCAGAAUCAAAGCAGUGAGCGAGAUAAGCCUCCGACAGGUCAGGAAAAGUCCACCCAGAUGGACUGGAUUGAUUUAAACUCAGCUCCAGUAACACGGCCAUCUACUGAACACUCUCACACAUGGGAUUUUUGCCCUUCACAAGGGGUCCAAAUUCAGCAAAACCAACCGAGCCAAAGCGAAGUAAUCAAUCCGGUUCCCCCAAACAACAUCCCAUCACAAAAUUUCAGCAAGCCCACUUUUGACACAAAUGAAAGUCAGAUGCAAGAUUGUUACAAAAAUUCCCAACCCCCUACACAAUUGCCACACAGUUCUGCCCCCGAAUGUCAACAGAGAAAUUCUAAUGUGCAUGGCCACUUUAACACACAAUAUAACAAACCACAGCAAUUAUGCAAAAAUGACUCGGACCAGAUUCAGUCUUCUGGUCCACCACCUGUUAAGCCUCAACAGCAGCCCACCAUCUCAUUUCCCUAUCAGCUGCCUCAGGAUGGACACGGUUUACAAGUAGAUCCACAAUCACAAGGUGUUUCACAGAGUCAGACAGAUGAACCCAUCUUGAAAAGACCUAAAAUGGAAGGCUGCCCUGCCUCAGAAUCACAGAUGUUACCACUAGCUAAUAACAACUUUACGUUUUCAGAUCCUUUUAGGUCAAAUGUACAGCUUCCGUCUAACGAAGUUCAAGCUAUGCUAGGUGAUGCAAUACAGAUCCAACAAAACCUCCAGAACACUCAGUGCUCACAGAGCACCAGUAAACAACAUCAAAACUACCAGCAACCUCUCCAUCACAGGACAUACAAUGAUCUGGAAUUUUUCCAGUCUCAACAUUCACACUCUCAAUUGUCACAAGUUUUGAAUGGUCCACAGACACCUACUCAAACAAAAACCAAAGCUGAAUUUCAAGAGCCCUGUGCCCAAAUCCAGAAAGGGUCUCUGUCGAACCAAGGUGUUCAAGCAGAUAUGCAGAAGCAUGCAGCAUUGCGAAUGCACCAUUUUCAGAAGCAGGGGAGGCAAAGCCCCUACCACAUCAGGCCAGAUAUGCUGGCCUUGAAAAGUGAAAACUCAAUUGUAGUAAAGCAGGAGGGUAAUUCUUCAGAAUGUGCACAAAGCCAGCAGAGGAGCAUUCUAGCUACCAUGGAACAGCAAUUAAAACAGUAUCAGCUCUCAUCUGUGUUUGAAAGAAAAUCUUUGGUCAUUAAGUCACCCAAUAAAGUGAAAGUGGAAAUGGCUGGAGCGGUGACUGUGCUCUCAACCAGUACUGAGGGGAACAUCAAGGAGCAGUGCAAACCAAAUAACUUUACCCCACCUAAAAAGAUUCAAAAUGGUUUACAAUCCUUUCUGGAGUCACCCAUGAAGCUGCUUGGUACACCAAUAAAAAACCUCCUCGAUACACCUUUGAAGACACAGUAUGAUAUUCCUUCGUGUCAUUGCGUUGAUCAAAUUAGUGAAAGGGAUGAAGGUCCAUAUUAUACACACUUAGGAGCAGCAUCAACUGUUGCAGGCAUUCGUGAAAUUAUGGAGAAAAGGUCUGGGCUGACUGGAAGUGCCAUUAGAAUUGAGAAGGUUGUGUAUACAGGCAAAGAAGGAAAAAGCUUGCAGGGCUGCCCCAUCGCCAAAUGGGUGAUACGGAGGGCAAGUGUGGAUGAAAAACUCUUGGUAUUGGUGCGAGAGCGGGCUGGUCACUCUUGUGAGACAUCCUGUAUAAUGGUGGUUAUCAUAAUUUGGGAAGGCAUAUCAACCAACCUGGCUGACUCUCUUUACUCAGAACUCAGUGAUACUUUAACAAAACAUGGUGCUUUAACCAACCGCAGAUGUGCUCUCAAUGAGGAGAGAACAUGUGCAUGUCAGGGUUUUGAACCUGAUGCCUGUGGAGCCUCUUUCUCAUUUGGUUGCUCUUGGAGCAUGUACUAUAAUGGUUGCAAAUUUGCUAGGAGUAAAGUCCCUCGAAAGUUCAAACUGCUUGGGGAUGAUCCCAAAGAAGAAGAGAAACUGGAACAAAAUCUCCAGGGUCUUGCAACUUUCGUGGCCCCAGUGUAUAAAAAAAUGGCUCCUGAUGCUUACACCAAUCAGGUGGAGCAUGAAAAUAGAGCUCCUGAUUGCCGUCUUGGGCAGAAAGAAGGGCGCCCAUUUUCUGGAGUGACAGCCUGUCUAGAUUUCUGUGCCCAUGCCCACAGAGACUUGCACAACAUGCAGGGGGGCAGUACUGUGGUCUGCACGCUUACACGAGAGGAUAAUCGUGAGAUCGGAAAAAUUCCAGAGGAUGAGCAACUGCACGUACUUCCCUUAUACAAGGCCUCAUCCACUGAUGAGUUUGGCAGUGCUGAAGCUCAGCUGGAAAAGACCAAAACUGGGGCUAUUCAGGUACUCAGUGCCUUUCGCAGACAGGUGCGUAUGCUGUCGGAGCCUGCCAAGUCUUGCCGGCAGAAGAAGCUGGAAGCCAGGAGAGCUAACAAGUCAACCAACCCCAACACACCAAACUCCAAAAUGGAUAACACCCAGCAAACAAGGCAGAAACAAAGUGUUACUGAGAACCUGGGCCAGAACCAACCUAUAACAGGUCCAAGCAACAUGAAAACAGAUCCUGGCCAUCCCCCAAGUGCACACGCGACCCAUCAGCAGCACCAGCAGAUUCCCCACCCCAAUCCUGUCCCACCUUACGCUGGUCCACCAUACCCUAGAUUCUCAAAUGCACAAGUAACCUUACCAAACACUUCUAAACUAGUAAACAUGCAUCCUCAAACACUUUCCCCUACCAGUCCUUAUCUUCCACCAGUGAAUGUGCCCAACUCUUACAUGAAUGCAUCCACCCCAUAUUCAAGGUCACUUACACCCAACCCCAUGUACCCUGGUUACCAACCUAAUGGGGGAAUGCCCAUAGACAACUACCACCCUUAUUACUCUCCAAAUAUAAAACAUAGUAUGAAUAUGUAUCAGGCUCAAAUGAAUUUACCUUACUUGGAGCAGCAGUACAAUGCACAUCAAGAUUAUGGGGUCAACUACCCACCUCACUACGGAGAGCCUAGAAUGCCAGUCAAUGGUUAUGGCACCUGUAAUGUGAGACCUGGCAUGCACUCCAUGGGACAUUAUCGGGGUUACAGCCCCAAUGUGCCACCUGAUGCCUUCCCAAGGCCUCCCUCAACCCAUCCACAUUUGGACUAUGCAGCUGUCAGCAAAAGCAGCCAGUUUGAAGCCUAUGCCAAACCUCAUAUGUCACAGAAUUGUCACGUAUUUCCUCCAAAUCUAGAUACGUUAAGGAUGCAAAAUAAUAAGUUAAACAUGCAUGGAGCAAAUGGUAUCUCCCAAGUGUUUCCUCCUUUCAGCAACGAAUGUGUCAACCCAAACCAACCUCCAGACAUGAAGCUUUCUAAUGAAAAUGUCCUUAACCCUCAAAUCAAACAAGAACCACAGUCCCAGACUCUGGAACAAAAAGAGGAGGAUGUGUGGUCCGACAGUGAGCACAAUUUCCUUGACCCUGAAAUCGGAGGGGUGGCAGUGGCGCCUAGUCAUGGUUCCAUCAUUAUCGAGUGUGCGAAGCGUGAGCUCCAUGCAACUACACCCCUCAGGAAACCUGAUCGCAACCAUCCCACCCGCAUCUCUCUGGUCUUCUACCAGCAUAAGAAUUUGAAUGAAGCGAAACACGGACUGGCAAUGUGGGAGGCAAAGAUGGCAGAGAAGGCCCGGGAGAAGGAGGAAGAUGCUGAGAAGCAUGGUGCUGAAAACACAUCCAGCAAGAGCAGUGGAAAGAAGGCGAAACGAGAACAUACGGAACCUUCUGAACCUUCGGAGCCUCCAUAUAAGAAAUUUGUUCUCAAGCUUUUUGAAAAGUCAAUGUCCUGCACAACCAAUACAUAUGUGAAUACAUCUCCCUAUGCCUUUACCAAGGUGACUGGACCUUACAAUCAUUUUCAGUAAAACCUCUUUAGGUUUAAAAACCUAACUUAAGAGAACAGAUGGCAUCAAACAAAUUAAAUCGUGCUAAUAAAUAGUGUCGCAGACCUCAGUGCUAUUGGCUAGUUGACCCAGAGUGCUUUUUCAGUUUGUGCAAGGAAUGUGAAACAAGAUUUAAUAUCGCACUAUAUGGAAAGGCAGAGCAGAUGGAGAUCAUUGAUAACAUUGACACAUUAGGGUUGUCAGCGCUUAGAAGGUCAGGCUUUACUGUUUGACCAAUCAGAAGUAUUUAUUUAUUAUUUGAUUACUCUCAUUUGAUUACACACUGUUCUUCUUCCAUGGUGCUUAUAGUCCGACAAAUUUGGACAAAUUACUGGAAACAAAGGUUUUUGUGGCUAAUCUAUUUUUUUCAUGUUGCUAGGGAGUUUUAAAAUGCCUUUUCAAAGACAGAAACUCAUUGUAUAUUUUAACUAAAAGGCAAUGAAUGAAGAUUGAAGUUUAAAAUGAGCAAUUAAAAUAUCUUAAUAGCCAAAUAAACGAAAGGUGUAUCCCAAAUCGCCUACUUAUGCACUAUUCUAUGCAAUUUUGUAGUAUAAAUAGUGUGAUUAGUGUGUUUUAUAUCACAAUUUUAAAAAAAGGUGCACUUUAGGUACCCAGAUGAUGCACUCAAGUUGAAAGCUGCACUCUUACAAAUAAAAGUGCUUAAAAGGUUCUUCACAGCGAUGCCAUAGAAGAACCAUUUUUGAUUCCACAAAGAACCAUUUAGUCAAAGGUUCUUUAAAAACAAUCUCUUUCUUAUCUCUUCAUAAUCUGAAAAACUUUUUUUCACCACAAAGAACCUUAUGUGAAACAGAAAGGUUCUUUGGAUGUUAAAGGUUCUUCAUGGAACCAUUUAGACAUAAAAGGUUAUUCUAUGGCAUCGAAGAACCUUUUUAAGAACCUUUAUUUUUAAGAGUGUGGACACUUCAAUCAACGGUCGCAGUUUUGUUCACGUAGCGGAAAAGACUGUGCGAUAUAAACUCACCUGCAGGGACUAUUACUCUUUAGUCUGAUGGUGACUGAGGUCAUGUUGGACAAAACAAGUAAUAAUUACAUCACAAGUACAAUGUACAAAUUGAGUUUUAUUAACGCCCAUUGUGUAAUGUGUUUGACGUCAUUAGUAUUCGGGAAACAGCUUCUAUUUCUGGUUAGUAAAAAGCCAUUUGAGAUGAUACUACACUUCUAAAAUUCAUAUACUAGAUGCUAGAGUACAUAGUGCAUACUGUAUAGCAUGCCAUUUGGGAUGCAACUUUCCUUAAUUGGUGUUUUAGAAGCACUUUCAUAGUGAGGGUGUUUACUUUCUGCCCUCCAAUCUGAAAGACAAUUUUUAUGUUGAUUUGACAAAGCCGAUAUACUAUCAUUUAGCAUACUGAUAUCCUAUUUAAAACUUUUUUUGAACGUCUGCCUAUAUCUACUCAUAGCGUUUUCAAGCUACCUACAACAAACUUGGCACAGAUCUUCAGGUUCCGACUUGGGUUGCUAUAUGUUUUCUAACAGACUUGACUUUUUCUAUAAUAAACAUUUAAAUGUGCCAAAAAUCCCAUCGAUUUCCACAGAAAAUUGGUGACUGUAAAAAAUCCUUGAGCUUUCAAGCUACAUCCACUAAACCCAGCACAGACCUUUCACUUCUCAUGCUAAUUAUUAGUUCACUUUCUGUCGGUCUCUCGACGUUGUGUUGAGCCGACAGAUGGGGUUCGCUCUUGAGAACCUAUCAAUUUCUGACUAGUUUAGAAAAGGCCAAUGAAAUUGGCGAAUGAAAUUUGCAUGCCGGACUCUGCCCCCGGAUAUCCGGGUAUAAAAGGGAGAUGGCGUGCUGCAUUCAUUCACCUUUUGUUCUUCGGAGCCUUCACUCUGAUUGACUUCGAGACUUCAUCUCUACGCCGAAUUACUGCUGGAAUCUUAUGAUGUGAUGCAGCGGACUGUCCCUUCCUGCAGCGACUUCUCCUGGGCGUCUCGGCAGUGCCAGAAGAGUUCGAGUUUUUUUCUCUAAAAGAGCAAAUUUCUCCAGCGUGGCAUGUCCCGCUGUUCUCAUGGGUGCAACACACUCAUCGAGGAGGGGGACGGACACGAUGUCUGCUUCCAGUAUGCUGGGGCAGACGUUGUGGAUAUGUCCUGCCCGCACUGCGGGCGGUUGACGAUUCAGACAUUGCGUUAUGGGUGGCUGUGUUCCCACGGGACUCAGCCACCACCUCAUCUGCUCCCCGUUCCGUGACGGCAGGACUACGGCCCUGCCAUCCGCUACGGCAAGUAGCGAGGGUGAUAUGAGGAUCACUGUGAGCGUUAAUCCGCCAGCCACUGGCUCACGGACCGUUGCACCUCGUCUCGCUCGUCUGACCGUUCCCCAGGAGAUGGUCCCACCGUCUUGUUCCUCAACCACGUAUUCGGAAACGGUGCGUGAUAAUGAUGAGAUGUCCCUUGCAGCAUCGGGGGGUGACGUACUGCCAUCCGACUCCGACGCUUCCUCGGGCUCCCUGCCUCGGGGGGUCGAGCCCAGGAAGAAGCGGACGUCUAAAUGUCAGCCAUGCUUUCCUGGGCCGCCGUGAGCGUUGGGUUGCAGUGCCUGCACUGCCUCUCCCGGCGCUCGCGGCUGGAUACAUGUUGCCUCGGGCUUGAGCGCGGCUCCAAGCUGCGCCCGCCCCCAGUGCCGUGUUUUCUGGAAGUGCAUGAGGAACUUAGUAAGACCUGGAACGCCCCUCUCUGACACGUUCACGUCUAACAAGUUCUGUCACCCUCUCUUCUUCCCUCGAGGGUGAGGCAGCUAGAGGAUACGUCGAUGUCCCCCAGGUGGAGCGUGCUGCCGCGGUGCACUCGUGCCCGCAGGCAGCGGCCACCUGGGGGGCUCGACCUAGACUCCCGUCCAAAGCAUGUAGGGUCUCGGUAUCUUUCGUGUCGAGAGCUUGCAUUGCUGUGGGCCAAGCAGCCUCCUCUCCACGCUAUGGCUCCUGCCAGGCCAAGGCAUUGUGAGAGCUCCACGAGGUUAAGACCGACCCAGCGCUUAUGCACGACGGUGACGACGGUUGCCUCCCUGCAGGGUUGGGGUGCUGUGUGCAACAGGCACGCAGUGUCGGGGUGGUGGAUGGGCCCCCGCCUGCAUUGGCAUAUCAACUGCCUAGAGUUGUUGGCUGUGCUACUUGCACUGAAGAGGUGGCAAACUCUUGUGCAGGGCAAGCAUGUGCUGGUCCGGUCAGGACAGCACAGCUGCCGUGGCGUUAUUAAUCCUCUGGGUGGCAUUCGCUCACGGCAGCUAACACGACUCGCCCGACGCCUCCUCCUCUGGAGUCAGCAGGUGAUCAACUCCCUGCGAGCCACACACAUCCCAGGCGACCUGAACCAGACAGCCGACGCGCUCUCUCGUCAGUCGACGCCUUGCGGAGAGUGGCGACUCCAUCCCCGCGCAGUCCAGCUCAUAUGGGAGCAGUUCGGCCAGGCGCAGGUGGACCUGUUGCCUCCCUGGACUCCUCCCAUUUCCGCUUUGGUACUCCCUUACCGAGGGACCCCUCGGCACGGAUACCCUAGCGCACAGCUAGCCGCAGGGUAAGCGGAAGUACGCCGUCCCCCCAGUGAGCCUCAUUGCACAGGUCUUGUGCAAGGCCAGGGAAGAGGAGCAUCAAGUGGUACUAGUUACGCCCUAAUGGCCUAACCGGACUUGGUUCUCGGAGCUAAGGCUCUUGACAACAACUCCCCCCUGGCCACUCCCCCUGGUGAAGGACCUGCUUUCCCAGGGGAAGGGGCACAUUACGGCAUCCCAGGCAGAUCCCUGGGACCUCCAUGUCUGGACGGGACGAGGAGAUCCUGAGUGGUCCACCUCCUGCGGUGAUUGGGAUAUCACUCAGGCUAGGGCCUCGGCCACUAGGUGGCUAUACUCCCAUAAGUGGCGCCUCUUCUCGUCCUGGUGCUCUUCUCGGAGAGAAGACCUGUGGAGUUGCUCAAUCGGGAACGGGCAGUCCCUUAGGGAGAUCAACGGCUAUAUUACGCCUCCCUUCUUUCCCCACUGGGUAAAGAACAGGCAUUCCAUCCAUCACUAAGCACCUUCCUGGGGGCAGGCUGGGCAGAGGAGCCCUGCCCCCUUAGGCCGGGGAACAGUUGAGUUAUCUACCACAUAGCUCUAACCGGACCUAGUGCUCCAGACGUGGUAACCCCCAGCCUUCCCCCCAUGGCGGUUCCGUCUGAUGUAUCCUCAUGAAUGGUUCCCACCUCGGCAACCCAUGACCUCCCUAGGUGGACUUCCACCUUGCGGUUAACUCCUUCAGUCCGCACAUUUUCCCAUGAGUUCUCCCUGUGGUGAGACCAUGUGGUGUCUCCACUAAUUCCUCCCUACGGUAGGUAGUGGUCUCUGUAGCGUUUUUCCCCCAGGGGGAAUAAUGCUUACCCAGUGGCCCUUACGGUGCCGUUAGAGAAUCAAGGCCUCCACCUGUGACAGCCGGUGGCAGGGGCUUCCCACCUUUUCUUCAAAAGCUCUGGGACCCCCUACCUCUCCACUGGACGGUUACAAUUUCGCGCUAGCGCUCACGUCUGACUCGCCCAGGCCAGUCAGCUUCGCUCCUCUAGAGAUUGUGAUGCGGCACAGCACUGUUGCUUUUCCAUAGGAACCCCAUCUGUCGGCUCGACACAACGUCGAGAGACCGACAGAAAGGGAACAUCUUGGUUACGGAUGUAACCUCAGUUCCCUGAUGGAGGGAACGAGACGUUGUGUCCUUCUUGCCACAACGCUGGCCGCCCGUUGCAGCGGUCGAGGGAUGCUCAGGCUCCUCAGACCAUAAGAUGAAUGAAUGCAGCACGGGGCGGAGUCCGGCAUGCAAAUUUCAUUCGCCAAUUUCAUUGGCCUUUUCUAAACUAGUCAGAAGUUGAUAGGUUCUCAAGAGCGAACCCCAUCUAUCGGCUCGACACAACGUCGAGAGACCGACAGAAACGGAACUGAGGUUACAUCCAUAACCAAGACGUUUUCUUUUCUAUUAUUUUUUACUAUGUUUUUUUAUUCCUUUUUUGUAUAUCUGUCUGUCUGAUGGUCAUUUGUCAGGAGGGCCUGUAAAACUUAUAAACCUCAAGCUUUUAAAGCUAUUGUAAAUUGUUCAGACAAGGCUUUGUCAAGCUCAGUUAAUGGAGUUAAUGGAGGGCACUCCAUCAUUGGGUGAGACUCGAUCAUGCACGCUGCAUUCAUUUUAGUUUUUAAAUGUGGACAACUAUACUGAUAAGAUACUGAAUUUUUACAGAAUUUUUCUGGUGCUUUUACAAUUUAACAAAUUCUUUUUACUUAUUGUAUAUUGAGCCAUUUAAGAUGCAUUUUGUAACAGUAAUGUUUUUAAAGAGAAAUCACAGGAAGAGUGACAUUUUGCAAUACUGAAUACAGAUUCUUAGCUUAGUGUAACUGAUACUGAGUCUAGGGAAAACAAUGGUCAAUAUUUAUGUCCUCAAUGCAUUUAUCAAGGAACACAUAACAGGGUUACAUAUAGAUCAGUGACACUGAUUUAAAGGCAGCUGGCUCGGCUUGCUGUGGGGGAUUUUAUAUAAUGCAACUUUAGCUGUAUAAAAAUGUGUACAGUAAAUUAAUACUUUUCUAAUGUAUGCUUUGAUUUUAGUUUAGUAAGGAAGAGUACUAUUUCUUUGGGUUUGAACGGAUCUUAUUUCAAAUGGUGCUACUUGACCUACUAUACAGUAAAUAUAAUGUGAGAAUCUCUAAAGGGUGGCAAGAAGGCUUUUGAAUGAUGUAGAGAAUCUACUUUUCAUAUACCUCAGAACUAGUUUGGCAAUAGAAUUCUAAUACCAAGGUGUUUAUUUUAUUUUAUUAGCAAACACUUUGUAGCAAAUAUAACCUUAAGGCCAUUGAUGCCAAGUUCAGUUUUUACUUUCUUCACACUUGGUCUUCUAGAAAGUAUUACUUGAACUUCAAGUUUCAAUGGAAUUGCUCAAUCAGGGAUAAAUCAGCUUAUUGCUGUGCGUAAACAUCACUUGUGUAUGUGCUAUCCUCUCUAAUUCAGGUAUUCUCCUUUGCAUCUGAAAAUCCUUAUGAAUUACUUGUAUAUAUCACACACAUCUAACUUUGUUAAAAAAAAUUAAAUGACAUGCAUUUUCAUACCGUGUUAAAGUGGAAUGCUCACAUUUUUUUCCCAGAAGAAAUCAGAACAAGAAAUCAGUCCAUUAAAGGAAAAAGGCAAGGAAAAGGCUUUGAAAUAUAUAAAGCAAUGCAUGUGCUCCUCACUUAAAGACCAAGUCAGUUAUUAUAUGCACAUUUAGUUGCAUAUGUAUAGUUUGAGGCUAAAUGUAUUUACAGCCUUUAAACAUACACUAAUGCCUCCCAUAUCCACAUUUAUUGAAGCUAAUUAUAUUUAUUAAGUCCUUGGUAAUAAAACUAAUUCCACUAUAACAUUUAUAUGAAUAAAAGCACUUCAUUUGUUUAAAAAAAUAAAUAAUUACAUACUACAAAAAUCUAUGUAAAUUUAAAAUAGGCAGACUAUUGUAAUGUAAAUGUAAUAAAUUGCCACGUUGUAUAAACCACAUGCUUGCAUUGCUUUAGUCGAAGUCCAUUCUUUAUUCUAUGUCCAGCUUUUUAAUGUUAAAUAGUCAAUUUCGUGUUACACGUACUGUCACCCUACACAUCUAUUAGAAAUUGCGAAAUGUAGCCUGUAACAAACGCUCUUGUUCGUAUGCAGGUUUCUAGAGUUUUUGCCUACAACAGCUAUGUUUACAAGAAAUUACUCUGAUGUACUCACUAGUUAUGGAAGAACCUUCCAUUUAGUAGUUUAGUUGUUUAAUUUCAGCGUACAGGACCCAGCUUGAGUAGCAACAUAUGAAGCAGGAGAAGAGCGUUUAGAUAAUAGCGGGUGACACGAAUAGCCAUACUUGAAGUUGCUUCGGAGUGUUUCUGAGUGGAGUCAACUUUACUUGAACGAAUUUCUGACUUCAACUAACAUACUGGGGUGCAGAACUCUUACUUUAAGCUAGAAGUUUAUGUACACACAUUGGUAUUUUCAACAUUAGACACUAAAGACUUAAAUGUGCUAUUUUCUGCCUUUUUUGUAUCGCUUUCCUUGUACUCUUUAAAAAAUCUGUCAUGCUUAAAACGUUGAAUCAAGAAUGCCGUUGAAUACUGUAAGUAUUGUAAUGUACUGAAGAACUGAAUGCAGUUUAUUUGAAAGUUAUUUGUUGAUUUGUCAUCAUUCCUGAUAUUGCUGAAUUGUGGGUGUUUUUAAUAAAUUUAUAUUUAUUUCAAGUA